AGGUUGGUAGCAGUCUGCCGUUAGCCUUAAACUGAAGAAGAAGACGAAGAAGAAGUUGAAGAAGAAGAAUUAGAAAGGUGACAAGAUGGCUACGGAACCAAACAAGAAUGAAAUAAUGACAAUUUUUAAGAAAUUAAGAUCCAUACCAACAAAUAAGGCAUGCUUUGACUGUGCAGCCAAGAAUCCCAGCUGGGCUAGUGUACCAUACGGAGUGUUCUUGUGCAUUGACUGCUCUGGGAUCCAUCGAUCUCUUGGCGUACACUUAAGCUUCAUCAGAUCAACUGAACUGGACUCCAACUGGAACUGGUUUCAGCUGAGAUGUAUGCAAUUUGGAGGCAAUGCUAAUGCAGCAGCAUUCUUUAACCAGCAUGGUUGCUCCAUCAACGAAACCAAUGCCAAGUACAGCAGUCGUGCUGCCCAGAUGUACCGAGAGAAGAUCAGACAUCUUGCCAAUGCUGCCCUGUCUAAAUAUGGUUCAGAUUUGUGGAUUGAUACCCCGGGAGUGAUCGGCCAGUCAGUGGCUCCUGAGAAGAAAGAAACAGAUUUCUUUGCCGAGCACACUCAGGUAUGCCGUCAGCCGGUGAACAGUUGGGAUAUGGAGUCCCCCUCCCUGGGAGAGCAGAACGUGCUGCUGGAGGAGCGCUCCCAGCCCCCCGACUGCUGCCUCUCACAAUCGGAGGGUCCUAACAUUGAGGGGCUGAGUUUGUCACCCAAGCAAGCCGGCGAUGUGAAGCCCUCCAUUAUUGGGAAGAAGAAACCGACCACGGCUAAGAAAGGGCUGGGGGCCAGGAAGGGCCUGGGGGCCCAGAAGGUGAGCAGUUCCAGCUUCUCCCAGGUGGAGCAGCAGGCGCUGGAGGCUGAGAAGAUGAAGGAGGAGCGGGCGGAGGAGGCCAAGAAGCAGGCCGAGGAGUCCAUUGUAGCAUCAAUGCGGUUGGCCUACAAGGAACUGGAAAUUGACAGAAAGAUGGAGGAUAAGAAGAUGAGCAACCUGGAGGGGAGGAAGAGAGAGCAGGCUGAAAGGCUGGGCAUGGGAUUUGGCAACAGAAGUGCCGUCUCUCACUCAGUGAUGUCGGAGAUGCAAGUGAUCGAGCAGGAGACUCCUGUCGGGGCUAAGUCCUCUCCUCGCUCUAAACUGGACAUGUUCGAUGAGCCCGGCUUCACAUGUGGACCCCCCAAGUACAAGGAUAACCCAUUCACCACCGGGGACAGUUUUGGAACCCGGUGGGACGCCGAGGGAGGGACUGCCUCCUUCACCUCGUCUUGGGCGCUGGAGAAAGUGGAGCCCAAAGAGGAGGUCACCAUCUCCAGCAUCCAGCCCAUUGGAGAGAGACUGCCCAACCGUCGCAAGGCCGAGGCGAGCUUGUCCGUAGCAGAGUCCAGUGAAGCCAGGCAGAAGUUCGCCAACGCCAAGGCCAUCUCCUCAGACAUGUUCUUUGGACGUGAGAGCAAUGCAGAGUAUGAUGCAAAGACACGCUUGGAAGGCAUGUCAGGCAGCACAUCCAUCAGCUCUGCUGACCUGUUUGGAGAGAGCACUGAUCGCACAGGCGUGUCUGGGUUUGACAGUGUGUUACCCACCAGCCCUGACAUCGCCCAGUUCAAACAGGGCGUGAAGACAGUGGCUGGCAAGAUGGCGGUCCUCGCUAACGGAGUCAUGAACACCAUCCAGGAUCGCUAUGGCUCCUACUGAUCAGCCCUGGAGGAUCAGCCACCGUGUUGUUUAGGAGAAAUGACUACUGCUAAGUGUUCUGCAGUCUGCCGUGUGUGAGAGGAGAGGUCUCCCUGUGUUCCUUCACCUGUAGAGAGCAACAAUCAGACAGUAUUUUUUUUUCUGAAGUACAGCACCAGGAUUCCGGUUUUAAACUGUAUUUUAUCCUGUUUUUGGUCAACAAUUUCACAGAUUCAGAAUUAGAUUCAAGUGAUAAAAUCAAACUGACACAUGAUACAAUUUUAUGGAUGUCUCUAAAUUGAAGACGUUUUAUUUUGGAAACACUGAAAUGUCACUCAUUAGCAAUUAUAAAUCAUUUUUUUUUGGGGGGGGGGUGAUUUUAUAACAACAAUAACAUACUUAACAUUUUCUCCCAUUUAAUUUGCGUUCAGUACUUGCUGAUAUUACCAGUUUUUUGGGAUCCAAUUUCAAUUGAGGUAACCUCCAGGAUAUAAAAAAUGUUAAAUAGUAAACUAAAUACAAUCAUUUUAAAUUGUG